CACACUCAGAUGCUUUCUACCCUUGCACACAGUAACCCUCUGUGCAGACACAUACAUACACAUCAUCCCACACCCUCAGCCAUAUAUCACUAACACACCUAACGCCAGCAUGAGAGCCAGGAUGAGAGUGUUGCUGUUGUUCCUGGCAUCGACUGUCUUUGUGUCAAAUGCUCAAACCAACAACAGCAGCAACGACAACAAGCAGCAGCAGCAGCAGCCACAGCAGCAUGAUGAGCCCAUCAAAUUCAUCACCAAGACCAAAGACUCCUGUACCAUGGUGGUGUCUGGACUCGGGGACUAUACUCGCCUGCGUGUCUCCUGCAAAGGUCCGAGCCAGGGCCAGACCCCGGGACGCUCCUACUACUGCGACUUCCAGGGCAAACCCAACCUAUGCCGUGCCUACAACCUCAACACUCGCCACUACUUCAGUCAGAUAAUGUGGGACAUGAGGAAGCUGAGCCACGCCUGCCAGGGACCCAAAAUCUACCGCCCACAGAUGUGUAAGAAGUUCCCCGAUGAGGUCCAGAUGACCUUCCUGGCCUCUUGGCCCAAGACCACCACCCUCAAGCCCUCCAAGCCCAUCCAGGAGCGUAAAACGGGGGUGCCUGCCCAGACCAAGCCUGCCCCUACUCUCAAACCUGUCAAGCCCCAGCCGCAGCCCGCCAAGCCCCAGCCAGGCAAGGGCCCCCAGAAGAAAACCACCCCUAAGCCUGGGAAGACCACAACUCGGCCCACAGAGCAGCCUGAAUCCAAAGCUUCCCGCAUUGCCUCCGAGUACUGCUGGAAGAGCUUCCAAGGUGUCUGCACCUACUUUAUCAGCUGGUUCCAAAACUGAGAAGAUACUGCACACACAGGUUGGAAACACCAGCGAUGGACUCAGUCAGAACUCUUCUCAUCCAUCUUUGACCUCUCCGGGAUCUCCGCGGGAACAAUUUCUGGAGUAAUUUCUCGCCAUGUGACUCCUCACACUGCAUCUUACAGGCUGUGCCAAAAACACUUGACUUACACCUGUGUACAGUUAGCAGAUGACUGCUUGUGCUGUCAUGUAGUGUAGGGCUACAUGUCUUUUUUUAUCUGUAAAACACACAGCAAGGAAAGGAAAAUAUGGCAGGCAUGUGAUUCUGUUUGUAGAUGAUGUAAAAUUACCUCUGUGUGUCACAUAAAUGUAAUUUUUGCAAAUGUAUUCCAGCAAAGAAAAUGUGAAGGUAAAGAGAAUAAAUUCAAAGUUGCGUGACCUCU